UGAAAUUUAUAUAUUAAAUUAGGAAAUCUUCUCAAAUCCCAAAAAUAAUAAAGGCAAUAAUAUUAGGGGCGUAGGGAUGGCAGCAGCGUAGAAACAGGGGGCACAGCCGUAGUUUGACUAAACUAUGGGGGUCAGAAAUGAUAAAACAAAGAGUUAAAGAGACUAUUGCUUAGCCCCCAAGCAAUAGCAGUACAGCUAGCCGCACACGAUCACAGCCCCUCUCAAUCACAAAACUUGUAUGGUUCGAGGGCCUUCACGUAACACGUGGUGAAAUCUCCGUUACCCAAUUAGCCACGUCACCACGCCGAAACCUAAUAGAAAUAUCUCGAUUUUUUUAAUAAUCGUGAUUCUGGAAAUAUCUAGAGAAGGAUAUAAAUAGCCAAACAGCUUCGGCACAACGAAAGGAUUUCUUUGCCUUUUAUUCUGCUACAACACAAAUUACAAAUUAAAGCUCACUGCAAAAUCAAACCACUGAACAAACCUAAAACCGAAACAGCCAAUUUUUUCUUCAAUUUGGGGAUUUUAAUCGGGCGUAGCGGCGAGAUAUAUUGAUUGAGAAGGUGAUAGAACUGCAAAUACUGGCGAACGGAAGCAACGUUUCUCGUUUUGGAGAAUCGCACUCCGGCGGAGAUUGUGAAAAGAACAUGACAAUGUUAAAUCAAGAUUCCAAUACGGCGUACCAACCAAUAGACUGCACAAGAAAGAGAAAAUCAAGAAGCCGGAAGGAAGGUGCAACAAGUGUUGCAGAUAUCCUAGAGAAGUGGAAGAAGUACAACACAAAGAUCGAUUCUGUUGACAAUCGCAGCAAGGCCAUCCGGAAAGCUCCUGCAAAAGGAUCAAAAAAAGGAUGCAUGAAAGGGAAAGGCGGCCCUGAAAACUCUUGCUGCAAUUACAGAGGUGUUAGGCAGAGGACAUGGGGUAAAUGGGUCUCCGAGAUUAGAGAGCCCCACCGAGGAGGCAGGCUGUGGCUAGGCACCUUCGGCACUGGAUUUGAAGCUGCUCUCGCUUACGAUGAAGCUGCAAGGAUUAUGUAUGGCCCAUGUGCACGCCUCAAUUUCCCUGGUUACAGCAGAGACUCGUCUGUGUUGCCAGCUGUAUCGUCUGACUCGUCUGGUGUUUCUGAGAUAUGUUGCGAUGAUGUUGGACAAAGGGUUGAUAUUUCCGUUAUGAAAGCCGAAGAGAGUAAUGUGGGUCCCGCUACUCCGAUGAGUGAAGUGAAGAAAGAAGUAGUGGAGGAACUUCCGAGGGAGAAAGUGAAGGAAGAGGUGGAACAACCCACGAGCUCAAACGGUGAUGGAGAGAUUAGCCAUGUGGAAAAUUGUGGACAGGACCAAUUUGAGAAGUUUGAAUUAGAUGAGAUGUUUGACGUGGAAGAGCUUCUUGCUUCGUUGGAUUCUGCUCCGGCACCUCAGGUCGGUGCCGGAAAUCGAGCGGCACUGAAUGUGCCGCCGUCGUCUCAGCCACAGAGUGGAGAUGCGCAGGGGUUAUCUGGACAUGAUAAUGAUUUCGAUUUCCUGAUGCCUGGAAGACAGGAAGACAGUAAUUUCUUAUUGAGCGACUUAUUUAUGGACUUGGACUCUGAUUUGGCUAUAUGAAGUGCCUCUUCAGCAGCAGGAUUGGGGACGGGUAGUUUGUAAGAUUGAUUAUAAUUAGGAUCUUUGAUAGUAGACUAGAGGUUUUCGAUAUACUUCUCCGGUGAAACAAUAGUUUUCUUUCUGUUUCGAACUUGUUCUGUUAUACAGUGGACGCGCUUUUUGUAUUCCCUGUGCUCGUUUAAUUUCUGAAUGACCGUAAGAAGGUGAUACUCCGGGAGUUUUUAAGCUGGAGUUUCUUCAAUGAGGUGUUUGGACUAGGUUUUUGUCAUGGAUGACAGUCUUGUACAGCCUGAUUUUAUUUUUUUAUAAACUGCAUUUGGGCAAUUUCUUGGUGA